AACAGUACGGUAUCCGAUUUUCAAAAAGGCAAAAGUUUUUGCAUUUUCAAACACUGAAGCUUAUUAGUUCUAAAAUGUCAAACAGCGAAGACGGCGAGGCAUUAAUGAUGCCAACAGAAAAGGAAAGACAUGCUGCUAAAGUGUCUGACAAUGACAAUGCUGCAUUGUUGUCGUCUGGUGAGGAACAAGAAGAGUUGGAAGAAUAUACAGAUAUAUUCGCUGAUACCGUCAAAGUUACUGGUAAGAUUGUACACAGAAGUGACCUUGACGAAGGUGAAUCUGUUUCUGCAAGUGAGGAAGAAAUUAUGGGCUACACAGGUGAUGUUGAGAUGUAUACUGAUGUCAAUGAUAAAGAGGACAGCGUAAAUGAGAGUGACACACCCAUUGUCAAAGAAGGGACACUUAUAAGUCUCAAUGACGAAGAGGAAACAGAAGUAAAUGAAACUGAAAUUUUCAACGUACCUGAGACAAUGACUAAGUCUUUAACUAAUGAUUCUAUAUCUGAGAUAGCAACAAAACUAGAAGAAGUCAGUGUCUCUCCAGCAAGUAAUGAAAUUCAAGUGAAACCAGGAAAACCAGUUAAAGUAUUAAGUGAUUUAAGUGGGUUAGGUUUUAAAGGAGAUUCAGGUUCUGAGAUAUCAUCACACGAAGGGAUAGAUAGUAAGGGAGGGUAUGCUAGUUCUGGUGAAACAUCUCAACAACCAGCAGAAGAAGUCAAUGUCAUGAAAAAGAAAAAGCUGCGAAAACACAUGACAGAGAAAGUUACACAUGAAAACAAUAUUAAGGAUAUGUUCAAUAGUUCAGGUGAAUUUGUAGACGAAAAAGUAAAUAAUGACAUGGCUUCACGUCUUAAAAGAAAAGAGAAAAGAAAAAAGAGGUUAUCUGAAAGUAAAGAUGAGUCAAUAAAAAACAAGCUUAUUGACGUGGACACUCCUCCACAGACCCCAUUACAUAAUAAUAAAACAACUGAAAAAAAGAUAGUUGAACCUGUCACAGCAACAAAAUCCAGACAAAAUAGUCAAAGUAAAACAAAAAGGAAACGAACAAGACAUAAAAUUUAUCUUGAUGAUCCAGAUGUACAUCAACUGAUAACCGAUCAUGUUUCGCUGCUUCAACAAUUUAUCGAGGAUACACAGUCAGGGAAAAACUUGCAGAAAAAACAUGCAAAAGGUUUUUCACCAUCUCAACCCAACAAACAUCAGCAAGGAUUAUACAAAGUUAGCCCUUACAAUGGUCAUGGAAAAAGAGGCAAAAAUAUAAUUGCAAGAAUUAGAAAUGAUGAAACAACGUCAAGUUCUGAAGAUGAAGAUGAUAUAACAAAUAAAAGAAUAGGGCAUAAUAUAAAAGGAAGACAAAAUACGUAUGACAUUUGUCCUGAUUGCGGAGAACGUCAUCCACCUGAUGAUCUUGUGGAAGUUCAGGAUAUAUGCCCUGAUUGUGGUGUACGGCAUAACAAUCCAUACGAACAUACACCAUCACCUAAAUGGAAGAAAUACGUUGAGGCUUGUCGCGACACAUUAAAACCUGGUCAGAAAUAUCAAGCACUAUCGACACAACAGGACCCUGACGACGUGAAGCAAGACACCCUGCCAAGUAUUGAAGGUCCUCACACUUUAGAAGAACUCACUGAAGGAGCAAAGUAUCAACUGAAGUACUUGGGCUCAUCUCAGAUAAUCACACAGCAUCCAGUUACCAAGGAAACACGUAUGCAACAAGCUCAAGAGGCAUAUAACAGGAUCAAGGGACAAGGUGAUGACGAGGAUGAGGAUGACGUCAGCACAAAUGUCAACAUGGUCAUCUCUCUUGAAAGAAUAAAAAUUAUCAACAAAGAUACAAAAUUUGAAGAUGUGAUGAUGGACCAUGCCUUGCGAACAGUUUGUUUUAUAUGCGAUAUGGGAAAAAUUUUAGUCCUGAUGGCCCGAAGAUUAACUAGUGAUCAUAGUACUGAUUUUUCGAUUGAACAAGGCAAACCCAUUUCUCUUGGCUCGAUUGUGGGCGAUCGAGAAAACAAAACUUCCAAAAAUAUUUGUCACGUGUUUGAAUGUGAAAUUGAGGCUUCCAAGAUCGCUAAAGCCAUUGGUCAAGCGUUCAACGUCGCUUACAGGCAGUUCUUACAAACCAACGGUAUCGCUCACGAGCAUGUCGAGGAAGCAGAGUAUUGUCAUGUACUGGAAUCACAAAAGCUUGUAGGUGCCGAUCUGGAUCAAUUAACAGACAAAUCAAAUGCUAGAGAUGUUGUUGUGGUGAAGAAACGUGGUGAUUACUUAGGUAUCAUGUUAUUAGAAUCUGGAUGGGGGUCAAUGUUACCCACAGUGUUUGUGGCUCAUCUCGCAAACUAUUCCGCAGCAGCAAGAUGUCAACAGUUGCUAGUGGGAGAUCAUAUAUUGUCAUGUAAUGGUGCUAGUUUAGUAGGAUUGCCGCUCUCGGAGUGUAACACUAUUUUAAGAAAUACGCGUUCAAGUAAUCGAGUAGUACUGCGUGUCGUAUCGUGUCCUCCAGUUGUUGAUGUUGUUGUCUCUAGACCGGAUGUAAAAUACCAGUUAGGAUUUAGUGUUCAAAAUGGCACCAUUUGCAGUUUGUUGCGUGGGGGAAUUGCUGAAAGGGGUGGAGUGCGCGUUGGUCAUCGUAUCAUCGAAAUAAACGGUGACAGCGUGGUGGCGAAAUCUCAUCAACACAUUGUGGAUAUUUUAGCAAAUACUAUUGGUUCGAUCAGCAUGAAAACGAUGCCAGUUGCGAUGUAUCGGUUAAUGGUAGGAGACGAUCAACCACAACACGUAUGACGUCACUAAUGACGUAGGAUGAGGUUAUAUUAAAAGAUCACGUGAACUUUCAAAAUCUGUAAAGUCUCACAUUAAUCGCGCAUGACUGAUUUUACGUUUCAGUUUGAAACAGGCGUGGAAGAGUGUACUGUGCACUUUGUAGUGGAUAUCUCUCGAGAUGUAGUUGAAUUUUCAAUUAGUUACCAGUCUUCAACAUGGAUAGGCCUGUAAUUAAAGUUCGACAGAUAGAAUUAAAUAACCGAGGGACAAAAAUUCUCUCAUGAACAAAUGUUCGGCCGGGUUCCUGUGAAUUGUUUAGAAAUUAAUUUUCGACUUGUGUCUUCUAUUUGAAUAAUUUUUGCGAAUUUUAAAAAUUUAAAAAACUGAAGAAAAGUCUAGUUCCCUUAAAAUCUAUCAGAUAGUGUAACAAAGCUGUUUUUCCUCACGAUGCUAUCGUGUUUUUGAGUACAAGUUACGUUAGCAUUUUGUUCUGCAAGUGAGAUAUCUUAUUAUUUUGGAAAUUUCUAAUCCUAAUUUUUUCUUUCAAAAUGUAAAAUAUUAUGUAGUAUAUUCUUUCCUACUUUUUUUACUCUUGUUUUCUACUUAAUUUUUAUUUAUAUAUUGCAUGCUUUGCAAAGGAGUAAAUCAAAUUCUAAGGCGUUUAUUGUUUGAUCUAUUUACGUCUGCACGAGAGGGAAUUCAUCUCGUAACAUUGAAAGUUAGUAUAGGCGUACGUAGAACAACAAUUCAUAUUUGCCUUUGCCAGUCAAAUCCCCUCUGCUUACAUUUGUCUCACUUAUACAAUUUGGUAGAAAUCCAGCUUAAUGCACUAUUUUCCAUCAACUUUGAUCUCUUUUUUUAAAUUUUCCAAACAUAUUUUUAAAAAAUAUAUUUAUGCAUUAUUUAAAUUACAGUUAGUUACUAAGUACAGGGACUUUUAUAACCACCCUAUGGAACCCCUAGAUUGUAUAGUGAAUAAUGUCUUACAGUACAUGAAAAUAUGAUGUGUUUUAUCGUUAGUAGAAAAAUUCCUAAAUGUGAUCUUUUCA